AUGGAUCACUCGUAUUCAAUAGAUACAUGCCUAUACAACAGCGGAAGUCUAUCAAAAAUGGAUUCGACCGGCCUUAAGAACCAUAAAAAUGAAGAUGAGAGUAAAUUGGCGAGAACCAUAGAAGAGGAACUGGGACUAGCAAGUGCCUACGGUGAAAACAAAACCUCAGGUCUAGAAUCCAAAAUCGACUUUCUGAAGAAGUGGAUGGACAGCUUCUCGAAGCUGAAGCUCUCGGAAAGGAUGAGCGUGCUGAAAAAUUACCUGGACUUCAAGUCAGAGUUCGAGUACUCAGAAAGUAGCGUGGAAGCAGACGGCCCAAAAGCGUCAAAAACAGAAGAAAACGGUAAGUUCAGUGCCCCGGUGACGAAGAAGAAGUUCGGAUCAGCGAGAUCAGAGGCGAAAAAGGCAAAGAAGAAGGGAGCGACAACGCCAGUAACGCCGAUAAUGCAGGUAACUUCGAUAACGCCGACAUCAGCCGCGUCAACGCCAAGGAGCGCAGCGUACGCAACCCUUGACAAGAAAACGCUGGAAAAGGUGUUUGUGCUGUUCGUAGAGACCACAAAUAAGUUAGCAAAGAAGGCAGUGGAAAAUAACCAACACGUGCUGACAGAUAAGCUGCUGUGUAACAUGUUUAAGAUGCUGCAAGAGGCGUACGCAGAAGACUACGUGACCGACUACACGGAGUCUCUGGACGCACAGGGAAUACACCCACUGUUCAACGUAGAUUUUAACAUACCGCCGAACACGCCAGACGUGGUGCGGGAGAAGGUGGAGAAGUUAGCGAAGGACGAAACGUUCAGAGAGACAAUCUCGGAGAAGGUGUACAUGUUCCAGUUCAUAGAAAAGUUUAAGCUGCUUGACCUGCACAAGCUGUGUCUGAGCCACAGGCACUCCAUGGUGACCGAACUGUGGAACCUGUGCUUCGACACAGUGGUGAACAAGAGGUCGCACGACUGGGACAAGGUGUACAGAUGCAGAAACCUCGUGUUCGAGGGCAGCGGCAAGAUUAAGCUGCCGACGGACCUGCGACACCUGGACGCGAAGUUGAACAGCGACGACAUGUCGCAGUUCAGCGACAGCGCAAGCUCAAAAAUGACGAGCGAAAACAACCUGGCAGAUAUGGAAAGAUACGGAGUGCAGUCGGAGGACGUGGCGGGCUACGAGGACAUGGACAUUGGAAAGUCCAAGGACAAGUGGAUAAAGGAGGUGUACAUCUCGAACUCGAGAGUGCUCAACUACAUAGUCAACACAAACAGGAUGUUGGAGCAGGAAAGAGUGGAGAUUUUAAAGGGGCACUUUAACUUCACAGGGACCCGGGAGCCCGGGACCUGGGUGAGAGAGCCAAAUAACCAGUUGCCGACCUAUUGUCUGAUAGAGAAAAAGGCAGUGAACAUAAAAAUUAGAGGUAAACUGCCCUGCGAUAUUAUAACGGCACUAUCAAUAAUCUCUGACUCCGAGUUGGCCACCGAAUGGGUACCGUUUUCCAAGGAUAGCAAGGACCUAAAAAUAUUUACGAAGACGAGCCGUAUUUUUAAACAGGUGACUAUUAGGUGUUAUGCACAGAUAAAUGUCUAUGACUAUCCGGUGAUUGGACAUAAGGAGACUGUCUUCCACGGUAUAUCGACGAAUUUACUGGACGAAGCAAACUGCGUGAUCAUUUCAUGCUCAAACCCCCCGGCGAGUAAGAAGGAAGCGGAAUACGUGAUGAACGCGUUCAAGCAGGGAGGUGUCGAAAAAAGCAACUACCUAAGAGUGGACUCGAACUAUAACUUUGCAAUCUCAGGGUACAUGGUGAGCAAGGUGCAGAAGAAAAACCAGAAGUCGGGAGACAUACUCUUCAUACUAUUCCCGUACAGCGAGGAGGAGACGCUGAUGGAGGCGUACGGCAACGUGAUCCAGGACGUGAAGAUCGUGCCCAUGAAGUUCGUGGUCUUCAUAGCGAAGAAGAUGAUCCUGGGCAUGUUCAGAAAGGUCUCGCGCAUCUGCAAAAACUUCAAGGACUCGAAGUUCGCGAAGUCGGUGGAGGACCGCUCGGACUUCUGCACGUGGAUGAACGGAGUGUACCGCGAGUACAAGGUGAACAACCCGCAGACCUUCGUGACAAACCAGCCGCUCGCGACGUACACAUACUCGCUGAGCAGCGGAAGGAGGAAGUUCAAGUGA